UUGAAAGCUCAUAACGGAACUUGUUUGUUUAUCACUACGUCUACGUUGACAGUGUGUUUGUGAGGAGGGGAGGAGGGGGGGUCUCCACAGGCUUUGGGGAUCCUCAGACAGGUGGAGGAGACGUCCUCAAGCAGCUGAACUGCACCGGGCUCGGACUUGAGGACUGGGCUGGGCUGCAGGACGAGCGGCGGCGCUCGCUGUGCACGCUCGGUGCACGGAUCCCCCCCCCUCAUCCCUCAUCCCUCAUUUGCUCCCCUUGCAGCUGAUGCCAGAUACAAAAAAAAAAACAUGCUUCGGCUGAUUUCCCCCGUCCUGAUCCCCCGCACACAUGCUUGAUUUUUCCAGCGUGCGCACGGAGAAGACGAGGGAUGUAGCCGCAGCAGGACAAAUGAGGAGAACACAUGGACUUCAGCUUUUCCCCUGAGAUUCUUACGGUCUAAACCGGGCUUUCAUCGCGCUGCUCUGGUCAUGGAGAGCCAAGCGGUCGAGCCGCAGAACUAUGAAGAUGUGCAGAAAAGCGGCUACCUCCGCAAGCACAAAUCGAUGCACCGGCGGUUCUUCGUGCUGAGGGCGGCCUCGGAGCAUGGUCCCGCUCGUCUCGAGUACUAUGAGAACGAAAAGAAAUUCCGCAGUAAAUCACCUGUGCCCAAGAAGGUCCUGAACCUGGAGACCUGCUUCAACAUCAACAAGCGGGCGGAUUCCAAGAACAAGCACAUGAUCGUGCUCUACACCCGCAGCGAGAGCUUUGCCAUCGCUGCGGACAGCGAGGAGGUCCAGAAUGAGUGGUACCAAGCCAUGCUGGAUCUUCAGUGCAACUGUAAAACUCCUGAAGACUAUGGCAGCAGUGGAGAGUGUAGCUCUCCAUCUCCCAUCCCGACUUUUAAGGAGGUAUGGCAAGUCAAGGUUUGGCCUAAAGGUCUUGGACAUGCCAGGAACUUGGUGGGCAUCUAUCGACUGUGCCUAACUGAUAAGACAGUCAACUUUGUCAAACUCAACUCGGAUGUGGCUGCUGUGGUGUUGCAGCUGAUGAAUGUCCGCAGGUGUGGCCAUUCAGAGAAUUUCUUCUUCAUUGAGGUGGGACGCUCAGCCAUUACAGGCCCUGGAGAGUUCUGGAUGCAAGUGGACGACUCUGUUGUGGCUCAAAACAUGCACGAGACUCUGCUGGAGGCUAUGAAAGCCCUGAGUGAGGAAUUUCGUCAGCGCAGCAAGUCUCAGUCUGUGGGAACUUCUUGUGGUGGCGGUACUGCUUCAAACCCCAUUAGUGUCCCGAGUCGGCGUCAUCACCCAAACCUGCCACCAAGCCAGGUGGGCUUCUCCAGACGAGCACGCACUGAGACCCCAGGAACAGGUGGCAGCAGCACAAGCACAUCACCCACGUCACGUCAUGGAUUUCCAAGGGCACGAACAGCCAGCAUUGGAGCCAGAUCGGAAGAGGGAGGAGCGAGUGCCAGAGGGACGUGGGCCAGUUCCAGCCCGAGCCUGAAUGGAUCCUGCUCAACUACUCCAACGCUUAGGCCCAAACCCACAAGGGCUCCAACACCUGCUAAGAUUACCUUAAGCCUUGCACGUUACACACCUAACCCUGCUCCCUCUCCUGCACCAAGCCUGUCCUCCAGUUCAGGUCAUGGGUCAGAGUGUGGCCUGGUUGGGUCCGUAGUGGGAGGCAUGUCGAUUUGCUCCUACGCUCGCGUUUCUCAAAGAGUUUCUGUUUCAGGUUCACCGAGUGACUACGGGUCCUCGGAUGAGUAUGGUUCCAGUCCUGGUGAACACUCUCUGCUCAUACCAAGUUUAUCAGGACAUCAUGCACACGGAGAGGGCUCCUCCAGUUAUAUAGUAAUGGGACAACGAGAAGGUCUGCUUGGUUCCCAUCAUCAUUCAAAAGGCAGACGGAUUCUGAGACGCUCAUCAAGUCGAGAGUCUGAGGCCGAGCGAAGGCUGCUGAGUAAGAGGGCAUCCCUGCCUUUGGCAUCCCAUGAAAGACUAACCCCGCACAGAAAAGAUGAAGAUGAUGACGAUGAGGAAGAGUAUGCCAUCAUGUCACAGAGUGCUAACAGAGAGAGUGCGGAUCUGCAUCAAGGCUCAGGGAAUCCAGCAGUUCAGGGUGGGCAGCUUGACGCAGUAGGGAAGAACAGGAAGAGGGCUGACAAAAGCAGGGGACAUGGGGACAGAGGAGCAGCUGUAGACAGUGGCUACAUGUCAAUGUUACCUGGGGUGACAUCUCCACCUGUUUCACUAUCUCUUGCAAUGGGUAUGUACGACGCCAGUGCUAAACCCGGGGCAGAUGAUGAGUACAUGGCCAUGACCCCCAAAAACAGUGUGUCCCCUCCUCAGCACAUCCGCCAACCCUCCUCAGAGGGCUACAUGGUCAUGUCUCCUAACAGCAGCAGCUCCACAGACCUGCAUGGACUGGGCAUAUGGGAGAGCAGAGCCAGCAUGGAGAGCCGAGCAGCCAGUGACUACAUGAACAUUUCCCCUGUCAGCAGUCGCUCUGCCUGCAGCACACCACCUUCACACCCUGAACAGCACCAACUGCAACCAAAAAUGUUCAAUUCAUACUUCUCCCUGCCACGAGCCUAUCAGCAUACCCUUUAUACUCGCUUUGAGGAGGACUUGAACAAAGGGGAAGAAAAGAAAGACAGCAGUGGGCAUGAAAGUGCUGGUAGGGGAGGGAGAACAGGGUACAGCAAAAGAAACAAAAUUGCAGUGGGCUCUGCAGGAGGCUGCCAGCUCUCCAUGUCUUCCUCUUCUUUCUCCUCCAGCUCUGCUAGCAGUGAAAGCCUUGAAGAUAAGACAACUUCUGGUGGGCGGGGGUUAAGUUUAUUAAGAACUGGGGCGGAAUACAAAAGUGCAGGAACAUCCACAAAGGAUGGACGUCACCACCAAAAGCGUGCAUCCAGUAGUAAAAGCCCAAAGCAACAGAGGAGGGGGCGUCCUUUGAGUGUAUCUUCAGACAUUGCUAAAGCGAACACCUUGCCAAGGGUUAAGGAGAAUCUACCACCAUCAGGGUCCCAGAAUGUAGGGGACUAUGUAAGUAUUAUCUUUAAGGAAGAUGGUGCAUUCGAUAAAGAACAAAGUGGAGGGUCUCAUCACGGACCGCCUUUAAUCCAUGGAACUCUUUGGCCCAUAAACCAACCGCUGCUCUGUCAUGAUAACCCUGCUAACCUUCCCCGCAGCUUCUCGGCACCACUCUCCACCUCCGCUGAGUAUGUCAACAUGGAUUUAGGGAAAUCCUCAACACCACUGACUCAUGUUAGAUCCACAUUCAGCACCCUACAGGACCCACCGGCAGUUUCCCCCAAGGCCCGGCAUGAACACAGCUCGCCCUCUCCGCUGGUAGCAGAAUGCAGCGCAGGGUACAGAACAAAAAUAAAGAUGGCAACAGGGCUGACGGAUGUUCCAUUUAUAGACAGCAAAAUUUCCAAUUCGAGCAACUUAGCAAGACCUGCCACUCACUCUGGUCAACCACUAUCUAGAGAGCAGGAUGCAAGUUUGGGUUCUUCCCCGGUCAAGUCCUUCCAGUCGCCUGAUAAGAGCAGCAGACUGGUCCGAGGUGAUCAACAGAGACACCUGAGCCACCGGUCAGAGACGUUUAGCUCACCGCCAUCUUUGCCACCAUACGCAUCUUCUUCUACCUCCCUCUUCCCUGAGGGCAGCCAUGCAGCGAGUCAUCGGCAGGGUUUGGACUGCUCACUGUGGGAGAAUGGCCAGACUGCUGGUUUGUCUGCCACGCCUCCACCCCAAGCCUCCACCACAUCCACUGAACAAGGCCUUAACUACAUAGACCUUGACUUAGCCAUGAAGGAGAGCCCUCAAGCUGGAGCAGAGCGCACCUCUCCUGUCUACAACGUCGGAGCGAGUACCAGUGCCGGCUCUUCCCUCAACACUUAUGCCAGUAUUGAUUUCUACAAAUCAGAGGAACUACGAACGAACCAGAACAGCAGGAAGGAUGGGCAAGACUGUUGAUCUCCGUCUUUGUCUUUGAUGCGACGGCUCGCCAUGUGUUGCCACAACAGAACUGGACGCCGGAGUCGGAACGCUGAAACUAUGGAAAGCUCAUCCCUUCCUGUUUGGUGUUUCCUGUCAACCAAAUGUGUGCCAAACACACGCACGCACACGCCCACACCCACACACGCACACACACACACACACCCCUACAAACUCAACACACAAUCAAAGCGUAAGGAAAAGACGUUACGUUGCUUGAACUAAGGAGACACUUGAUCUUUUUUUUUACUUGGUACAGAGAAGCUCACAGGUGACAGGCUACAAAAUAUGGUUGCCACAUUUUUUUGUACUUCAUUAAAAAUCAUAAUUGUUCCAAAAUGUUUUAUUAUGUGUGUUAAUGUUAGUUUCAUUGAAUUUUAUAAUUGGCAAAAACUCCAUGUGUCAUUUUUGAGCGAACCAGUUCGUUGAAGUUCUGUGCCACAAGAUUGGAAAGUAAUUAUAUGCUAAUUAGUACGCUUAUUUAAUUUUACAUUCUUUUUCUUUGCACACAUAGUUUAAAUGAUCAACAGAUGUCCCUUAGGUUCAAGCAAGUAAGAAGAUAACUGCUGGACAUACGUUUCUUAAACAUUCACACCAUCUCACUGUAAACAGUUUUAAAUUAUUAUCUACUGUAAAGUUGCCCCAAAAAAGCUUUUAUACUUUUAGACUACUGCUCUUGUGUUACUGAGGUGCUCCAAAUACUGGCCAAAUGCUUUGAAAUGUAAAUUCACUACAGAGCCCUUCGCAUUUAUUUGCUCUCCUGGUGAGGAUGUUUAAAAAUCUUUAAAAUAAAUUUGUCCUUUAUUGCAGUAGCAAAAUUUCACAUAAGAUGAUUCUGAGACUAAAAUGACGUUUCACUGCAAGCUGCCCAAAAAACUGCUGGCAUGUAGCUAGUAUCCAAUGGAUGUAAUACAAAUCUGACAAACUCUUUGUUGGAGUUUUCAAACUAUAAGUUUGCCUCGGCAAGCCUUGUUUGUUCCCUUUCUUGAUUUUAAUUGUUGCUCUUUCUGCAGAUAUGGCCAAAUUUAGAUCAUCAGCUGGGUGUUUGUAGUAAUUUUCUAACACAUAAAAGUUUCCCCAAGGAAGCCGCAAGUCACGCAUUACAAAUUAAAGGCUUCCCAAUACAAUAGAGAUUUAAAUUAUAUAAAAAUAAAAUAGGAAUUUAUUUUAAGGCUUUUUGCACGUCCUUACAGAGAUGCCAGUUAAAGUGAAGGAUGCUUUCCCACCAUUUACCUAUCAAUCCCCAUUGCUGUGACGCAAAUAAAGUCCAGCCCCCUUCAAGUGGGAAAAAUACUUUUGCUUGUAUUUAUGGAAAUGUCCUGGCUGAUAGGUGCUAUAGACUCCUGAACAUAAAACUAGCAAGGCUCUUCAUGUCCCACUUUAAGUGUUCAAAGAUUUGCCCGAUCGUUAGACGCAUAGAAGUUGAACAGACGCAGCCGGUCUGCGACGUCUACACGGACAGAGAGCUGCAAAUAUUCCCCCCUCGUCCGCCUUCGGAUUCCUCUUAAUAACAGUGUAUCAGAUGAGGCUGACACAUGACUGUCAAAUCAAUUACAUGAUGUCUGAGUCACACAACGAGCGCUUCAGCAGGAGAGACCACCAGAGGAAAAGAAAUAGAGAUAUACAUUGCUUUUUUUUCUUUUUUUUUAGUUGAAGACUUAAAAUCAUUUUUGAACUUUUAAGUAACACAAACUUAGUAGAAACAUUAUAAAUGCUUUUUUUUGGCAUCUCAGCUUUUCUAUUACAACUGUAUAUUACACUAUGGUAUAUACUAUAGUAAUAAGAGUAGAGUGACAGAAACUAUAGUACAUACUGUGGUUAUAGUUUUCCUCAUUUCCGAAACAGUUAACACAAUUUUAAUAUAAAGUGACACACUACAAUGGUAUAUAAAAUAUACAGUAUACAUAUAAUGAAUAAUACUAUAUAGCCUAGAUAUCUAUAUACUCUUUUAUAAAGUGCCUCAUUUUUGAUUGUAGCUGUUUUUACACAGGUUAUCUUAAAGUGGGUUGUGAAAAUGGGGCUGGGGGAAAACAAUAACAUUUCUCUUCAAAGCUUAAAUUUGUGGAAGGAGGACAGACCAGAAACGUAAAACUGCUGCCAUUCAACAGUGAUUAGAUUGCCUUAAAGUGUUUUAUCAGAGACAUGAAAAAGGAAGCAGUUUUGAUUUUGUUGCAGUGCCUAACACUGAAGCCACAAUGUAAGCACAUGCACCCCUCUCGCUAUUUUAUUUAUUUUUUUGGUUGGUUUUGUCAAACUGAGGUUUUGCUAAAAAAAAAAAAAGAAGAAGAAAAAGAGAAAAGACAAUGAAGAAAAAGAAGAAAGAAUCCUCUCCUCAUAUAUUUUUUUGUAGUGGUCCCGUCUUUCUAUUUCACUCUCAUGCACCCACCUGAAAAAACAAGCAUAUACGAUACAUUAGUCAUACAUUAGUUUAGCCUUGCAAAACUAUUCAUUGCUUUUGAACAUUACAACCACAAACUUCAAACUGUAUUUUAUUGGGAUUUUAUAAAACAGACCACCACAACAUAGUGCACAGCUGAAAAGUUGGACAAAAUUUAUUUCUUUUCCGAAAUAAUUACAAAUUCAAAUAAGAAAGGUCUUUUGAGGUACUUCAAUCAGCUUUGCUCAAACAACGUAGACAUUCUUCUUUGUAAAGCAUCUGGGAACAGUAAAUGUCCAAGUCACAGAUUCCCAAUUGGAUUUAGGCCUACACUUUUCAGAUUUUUAUUAAUAAAUCAUUUUUGAGAUUUCUGUACUCCACAGUUAUACUGUAUUCAUGUUAGUUUGUCAGAUAAGAUCCUAAUGUGGAAUUGAUGAAUACCUUUGCAAAGCACUACAUCUUAACUUUCCUGGUUUCUGCUUCACGAAGAAGCUGCCAUCUUGUAUGUAAAUAAUGAACACGAUAUUAAUGAAUUAACUUUUACGUUUUAAAAGCACUCCCUUAACAAGCUUUUGGAAAAAUGGAGCGUGCUUGUGGCUGUGAGCUUGUUCGUGUCAAAACUGUAUGAACAUGCUUUUCAGUGAUUUGGUGAUACAGAUAUUGAUUGAGCUUCCAGUAAUUGUGAGUAGUUCUGUUUCUCUAUCAUAUUGUCUUCUUUUCUCCACCCACAACAUCUGUUGGACUGUGGACCAAGUCUUUACACUCAUUGCCUCCUCUUUUAUAAAUCCUGCUGCAGCUAAUCAAAGUAUCCAAAAGAAAAAAAAAAACAAAAGUCUAAAAUUAAUGAAAGGUUUAGAAUAAUUUGUUGGUCUAAUUUAGGAAACACACACAUCCAGAUAUCAGUCAAGAUAUUCUUUCCUUUUUAAAGCUCAUAUUGUGUUUCUCUGACUGUAGUACUUUGACUGGGGGGUGUUUAAUCACGGCCACAGGUGGCAACAUUUAUUUGGCCUUGUUGUGACAUUGCUGAAACUGCAGACCAUUUUAAUUGCAAAUACUUUUAGAAAGAAAAAAAAAAUGUCUGCUGUAUUUUGUUGAUAAGGUGAUGCAAUGAUGAACCAAACUUGUUCUGAGUCCAGGGUUCUGGCUGAGUGCACACAGGGUAAAAACAAAUGAAAGGUUUUCUUGAUGGAGUUCUGACAUUUGGUAGCUUUUCCCACAUUUAGAUUGAUUUAAAUUUGUAUUUAUUUUUAUUUUUUUAUAAUUCAAAGGACUCAGCACCAGUGUGGUCAAGUCAGUUUAAAGUUUAUCUCGAAAACUACAUCUGUUUCUUAAAAGUAUUUAGCUUUUUAUUAGUACUUAUUGGUGCCUGAUUGCCUCGUUCCUCUUAAUAAUAGUAAUAACAGGAGCCACUCCAUUAAAAUGAGGAAAAGGCGGGAAUCACCAUGGCAACCAAUGUGCAUGCUUCAUAAAAAAUGCAGUAGUUAAAAUUGGACUUCCACAGUAAAACUAACAGGUACUUUUAAAAAAAUGAAUACUACAAGUAAAGAAGGAUACAAAUGACUGUUUGGCCUAGUGAGCCGCCAGCAACAAGUUCAUUUGGAUUUUCAAAAUAAGGUUGCCAAUCCUGCUUUU